AUAUUGAAACAAUGGUCCCUAAUUACUAUCACCACCUUACAACAAGAGUCAUAAAAUCAUCCGUCCAAUUUACAUAACCUGCCAAACCAACAUCCAUGUAACACCAUACCACAUUAUCCCCAUAUAUCCUUUCUAAACCCACACACUCACCCUACAAACAAUGGCAGCCACAACACCUUCAUUCGCCUUCUCCGGCAUCUCCUCAUCCUCCAAACUCCACCGCAUCUCCGCCUCCUCCUCCUACUCCUACUCCCUCCGCCCCAUCACCCCCCUCCGCGCCCACUCUGCCUUCAAAUCCGCCAAAAUAGCCGCCGCAAUCUCCAUAGGAGACAAGCUGCCCGAAGCCACAUUAUCCUACUUCGACUCUGAAGGCGAACUCCAAACCGCCACCAUAUCCGACCUCACCAAAUCCAAAAAAACAAUCCUGUUCGCCGUUCCAGGCGCUUUCACACCAACUUGCUCCCAAAAACACCUCCCUGGAUUUGUUGAAAAGGCCGAGGAGCUCAAAGCGAAAGGCGUGAACACAAUCGCGUGUGUUUCUGUCAACGAUGCGUUUGUAAUGAAGGCGUGGAAGGCGGAUUUGAAUGUUGGAGACAAUGUGUUGCUGCUGAGUGAUGGGAAUGGAGAUUUUACUAAGGCGAUCGGGUGCGAAAUGGAUUUGAGUGAUAAUCCGAUUGGAUUAGGGGUUAGAUCAAGGAGGUAUGCUAUGCUUGUGGAAGAUGGUGUUGUGAAGGUUUUGAACCUUGAAGAAGGUGGUGCUUUUACUGCUAGUAGUGCAGAGGAUAUGCUUGCGGUUCUUUGAGUUGUUUUAAUAAUUAGUGCAUUGUUGAAUUAUAUUUCGUGUAAGUUAGUAUACAGUUGUUCUGGAUUGGCAAUCUAUUUGAAAUCUGGUCCAUCCGUGUUUGGAUGAGUUUCUUGGACCUUGGUAAAUCUUGAAUUGUAUCUCUUUCGAAUUUUAUCUAUGUAAUAAAUCCUGGAAACCUUUUUUUUAGCCAAUAA